GUCGCUGCGGGAGAGUUACCGUAUUUGCGUUGAGCAGCGCAGACUGUAGAGCAAAGAUCUGCGGCCGGAGACCGGAGGAGCAGGGGCUCAGCUGGGCUGUGAGUGUGGCAUGGGAUGAAAGAACUUGGGGGAGAGACGGGGGGCCUCUCGGCGUGCAGGCGGGGCCUCAGUCAGGGGUAUAGCUGGGGAGAGUGAGGAGGCUGCCCAGUCACAGGGCCAGGCUGAGAUUGGCCAAGGGGACUUUGAUGAUCUGUCUUUGCAGAUGUCAGUGCAGCUGCCUGUGGAAAAGACUUGUGGGUGGGGUCUCUUGCAAGUAGGACUUGUCUCCUUCCCCAGGGUCAGUUCCACCCUGGCCUCGAGGGUACGGAAGACAGAGGAGGUGGCCCUGAGACCCCACUCUGCAGAUAGGUUGACUGAGGCUGGAAGUGAAGAGAGGCCUUCGGGGAGGUCCAGUGGAAUAUUCAGCCGGCUUCCCUGAUGGGGUUGGGGAGAAUGGAUGAGGCAGGCCUUAGGGCCCUGCAGGAGCCCAAGUUUUGGUGGGGGUCGUGGGAGUGGUGGCAGUAGACAGUGCGUUUACAGGAGAAGUGGCCCUUUGGAAUGCAUGGCUCUGUGACUGGCUGCGAUGGUGGCAGUGGGGUGUGUGUGUGUUUUGAGGAGUGUUUAGUUGUUGAGCAGCUAGUACAUUGAAAAGAGCUUUCAACAGUGAGACAGGAGACUUGAGGCCUAGUCCAGGCUCAGCUUGCUCUGUGACCUUGGCAAGUAUGUUGACCUCACUGAGCCUCAGUUUCCCCAUCUUUAAAGUGGGGCUCAAUAACCCUGCUCCGCCCCUUUCUCAGGGCUGUUGUGAGGACAAUGGGAAACAAUUUAAGAGGAACACAGUGCCCUGGGAAGAGGAUCCUUGGGAGAACCAGCAUGAAGGGAGCUGGGUUUGGGGGUGUUGGCUGGGCACUGAGUGUGCUGCUCAGCCCUGGGCUAGGCUUUGCUGUGAGGAUACCAAGAGGAAUCACGCUGAGACCAGUACCCCUGGGAGCCCACACCCUGGUUCAGUGACUUGGAAACCUUUUGAACACAUGCCUCAUUUCGAUAAACAAAGAGCUGCCGCCUUUAAUGUUUAACUGAGGUCACUUUCAAGUUUACAGGGUUGUGUUUUUUUUCCUGUUUUAAGCUUCGCAAAAAUAUCUUUAAAUCAUUGAUAAUGCCACCCUUUUCUCCAAGUUUGGGGUGCACUUCCCUACCUCCCCCUGUCCUUGAGAUCUGGUUGGAGGGAUAAGACAAUCUAGACGAAGGUAACUGAAAAUCCUAGCUGAAACUGAAACUGAAAAUCCUAACUGAAACUCAUCACCAUCUGUCUAGUGUCUUGUGUGGCUGGCUGGCAUGGUGCUAGGUGCUGGGGUUGAAAGAAGGCAGCUCUGUCCUUAAGGUGCUGGGAGUCGGGGGACAGAGGUGGCAUGACUGACCCUCGUUCAGUAUGAUGCGUGAGAGCCACAUGGUUGUGUCACACGGUGUUUAAGCCUGGGGUGGAAAGGUCAGGGAAGGCUUCUAGAAGGUGCCCUUGGGAAGGGACUGGAAGGAGUGUAGGCCGUGCUUAAAAGGCAGUGGAGGAAGAAGAACACCAAUUCCCAGCAGGGGAACUUGAGCUUGAACAAAACGGGGCGAAAGGUGGAGGUUGUGGAAGGUGAGUGUCCCUGCCAGGCUGGGGGCUGGCUAACCCUCGGGUUCCCCGACCCCUCUCUCUCCACCCCCCACCCCCCGCCCCCGCUUCUGUCUCCCUAGGGACUGGUGAUUGCAGCUGGAAGUGCCCAUGACCGAGCUGGCGUCCUCCGGGGGCGGGUCCCCUGCGGGGGACGGGGAGGAGGGUCUGGGGGACGAGCGAGGCCUGGUCAUCCACCACCCUGCGGAGGAGCAGCCCUACCGCUGCCCGCUGUGCGGCCAGACCUUCUCGCAGCAGCCCAGCCUGGUGCGGCACCAGAAGGCGCACGCCGGAGCGGGCCGCGCGGCUGCCUUCGUGUGUCCCGAGUGCGGCAAGGCCUUCAGCGUCAAGCACAACCUCGAGUUGCGGAGUGGGCAGGAUCUUAUGACCCGAUAGGUGCAGGACCCAUCUGGACACAGAGACCAGGAAUGGGGUUCCAUGGAGGCCUGGCUGGCACUGCACCCGGGCAUCAGGACACAUCCAGUAAGAAGACCUGCCUCAAGAGGUGCACUGCGGUGACCAGUGGAGGUGACUGGUUGGAGCCUGGAAUUGGAGGCAGAUUCUAAGCUCUGGUGGACAAACUCCCCAGGCCUGGUGGGAAUCACAGCUGGGGCAGACCUCAUCCUGGCUGUCUGGCCACAGGCCCCCACUCUCUGCUACUGGUGGUAGGACGAUGCCUGUGUGGAGAGCUGGCUUCUCUGCUCCUGCCUGGUCCACCACUUGGCUAGAGUUCAGAGACAGGAAGUGAUUGGUCUAAGCUAACACAGCAAGUUGGUGGCAGACCUGGUUCUAGAGGCAAAACCUUCUGCCAGAUGUGAAUGAGACCUGCAGGCUUCAUUUUCCUUUCUAAGCAGUGCUUCUAAGCACUUUGGAGACACGAAACCCUUGGAAAAUCUGAUGAAGGUUACGGACCUUCCCUAGGAAAACAGAUAACUGACGUGGACUCAAAAACCCCAAGCAAUUUCAGGAGCCACUGGGCUCCCUGAAUGAAACCCAUCCCUGGACUCCAGGCUAAGAACCUCAGCCCUGGGGACUUCACCUGCUGCCCUUUCCUUACCUGUCACACAUUGAGCCCUGAGUCAAGGCCACUGUACAAGUAGUGCCCCUCCCUCCCCCUGGCCAAGCCUCCUUCCCGUGUUCAGGAAUAAAGAAUUCUGAGGAGGAGACCUUUUUAGUCAGUCCCUUCUCCCAGACCUAACGAAUGAUGCAUCAGGUUUCUGGAACCUCAUUUCCCUUCCCCAGACAUUGGCAGAGGUCCCCUGGGCUAGAUUUUCUCUUCUGGUUUUGUUUCUUGUUCUGCCUGACUGGCCGCUGGCUUCCACAAAGGAGCCCUUUGCUCCUGGCCUGGGCUCUGAUUUCACUGUGUGGUCUCAGGGGAAGCUGGACUGCUGUGGAUGCUGGUGGGAGCUUGAGUUUGGUCUGAGUCUGCCCCAGGGAGAAAGAAUCCUGCUUCCACCAACCAAGCCCAGUCAGCGGUACCUCCCAACUGGCUAAGUGUUCAGCCCAGCGGGCUGGGGAGGAAGAGGAUGAGGGCCUCACUCCUGGUGCCUGUGGCUCUAGGCAGGGUGAGAGGUCGGUGGAGGAGCUUUCUGUGUGUUCUCUGAGUGUGCAGCAGUGCAGUUGAAGGGAACAGGGCCCAGGCUGGCAGCAGGGCGAGGACUCCUCCCAUCUUCACACCUGAACCAGUCAGCCUGGAAGCUCCAAGUUCUCACCUGCUUCCCCAGAAUGAACAUCAGAAAAGGCAAAACUGACCAGGGCUGGGAUGGGUUUGGGUCAGGGUGGUUGGAGGGCAGCCUGUGGAUCCCUGCACUGGAGUCUUGCUGUCUUCGAUGCAGUUUGGAUCAUACAUUCUUACCUCCUACUGUAUGCCUCACCCUGGAAUAGCAGAACGCUCAGGGGGAGAUCCGAGAACGAGAAGGUGCUCCCAGCCCCAGGAGCUUCCAAUCUGGCUCUGAUCCUUGGCCGACCUAGAGGAAACCUCCACGCACUCCCCUUCUGUGCUAAUGGUGCAGUUUGUAUCCCCCUCUGCCCAUCACUGUGCUGUGCUUGUUCCUGCCUCUGUGCCUUCCCCUAUAUUGCUCGGACAUGUCCCCUUUCCUCUCCUCUACCCAGCUAAGCCCUUCUGAUCCACGGGGCCCAGCUUCCCAAACCACCCAGCCCACAUUCUUCCUCCCCGCUCCGAACAGGCCCUGUGUGAGCCCCUGUCCCUGAACUGCGUGCUGUCCCACGGAUGCUCCAGUCUCUUCUGUGUGUGUCUUGAGUCCCCAACUAGACAGUUAGCUCCCUGAGGGCAAGGGACUGUCAUUUCCUCUUGAGCCCUACCAGGGUCUAGCACAGGACUGGGCUCCUAACUCUCAGGAAACACUUGUCGACUGACUGGUGCCUCAAGCGCUGGAAGCUUGUCGGUGGCUGGUAAUGGGCAGUGCACGUGGGGAGAGGGUAUGUGAGUUAACUCAAGGGUGCCUUUUACUGGGCUGUGGGCUGGCUCCCCUGGGUCAAAAGUGGAUGUCAGAGGCCUCAGGCUCUUACCUCCUUGGGGCAGUGGGAGCAUCAGGGACCCCCUCCACCCCGACUCUGCAGGAGUGCACGGAAGUGGUCGUCCAGCCUGGAUAUUUCUACAGGUUGCUGACACGUGCGGGAGCUGACUGAGUGGAAUAAAUGUUCUCUCAACAUCA